UAGAUCUUUGUAGAUGGCGUUAGUGUUGUCCAAAAUAUCUCCGUUGAUUAGACUUAUAGCGAAUUUCAGUAAGAUACAAUAAAUUUACAUCAUUACUGAAACUUUUAUAAUUAUCAACUGAGUGGAGGUUUCAUUUUUAUUAUUGGAAAAAGAACUUUCAUCACAGUUCCUCCAUUAUUUCUUCAACUUUCUUAAAUUUUCGGUGAGCUCUAUAUGUUUCGUUUAUUUGAGUAGAAAGUUUUUUAAAUUCUUCGUUAUUAAAUAUUAAGUUUUCAGCAUAAAAUUCAUCACUUUCUAGAUGCAAAAUCAAUGCAUUAAAAAAAAGUAUUGUAAAAGGUUAAAAGUUUUCACGAGAGUUUUGUUUACACUGUUUAUUUGGUUUUCCAUACUAGAUUUUCACUGAUAGUGAUGCAUAUAAAAUAAGAGUAUUUUAUCUACAUAUUAUUUCAGUAUGGAUAUAAUAAACAGCUACUACACACAUACUUAAUGAUAUAAAUUUACUUUGCAACGUCAAUUAUUCAAAUAAAUGAAUGAUUUACGACCAUUAAAGAGUAAAGAACAAUGGAGUACUUUAUAAGAACAAAAACUGAGUGAUCAGACUUAUUAUUUAUACAGUAUUACUAAUGGAACAAUAUUUAUCCUUUGUAAUAAUUUAUCUUUCUUUUGAAUUCCAUACAGAUUAUUCAGUAGAAAUCCAAUGCGUUUCAUUCUCAGGUUGUUCUUAUUAUGCAUUCUUAUGUCUUUGAUGUCACUAUUUUAUCUCUUAAACUUCCAAACGUCCACAUUGAAUCAGAAUUUCUUAAGACCUUACGAUUACGAGCAAAUAAUAGCUGAAAAAGAGGCUCGUAUAAGGGAGCUAGAAUACGAAUUGAAUGACUUAAAGGAAAAUAAAACCUCAAGGUCUAAAAGUUCUGAAAUUGAAGAUCUAAUAACCAAAGUCCACUCGAGGUGGCGGAAUGGAUCUCUUUCUGGAGGCGGUUUAAAAUUCCAUAACGAAUUUGAGAUGAGUGCCUUUGCCAGAUUCACAUUGAAUAGAAUAUAUUUAAUAGAACCCGGUCUGGGGAAGAGGGUGGUGGAAAAACCUAUUGCGUUCAAGAAAAAAGAUAUCUUAGAAGUCGUAUCAGGAGCCUACCCUUUGUCUAUCCAAGAGUUUUAUCAGGGAAAAGAAAAAAGUCUUUAUACAGAUAAAAUAUUUUUAGAAGGUAUUGUCAAGAAUGAACCUUCUAUUGGUGCCGUUUAUGAACUAUAUUUUAGAAAUCUUGAGUUUCCUACUGACAGGAAUAAGUUUGUGCGAGUAACUUUAUCCAGACCUUUUGCACCAGUUUAUGGCUUGGGAUACGCUCCAAUUAAUAUUAAUAAUAAACUGCUUUUGGUAAUUUUACCACUAUCCUAUGAACGAUUGGAUAAAUUUAAAUCUUUUUUGGAUCGUUUCCAAAUGCUUGCUCUUGAAGAUACAAAAUUAGCGUUCACACUAGUCUAUUUCGGAGAGAAAGGUAGCUUGGAGGCAAAAUCUAUGCUAAAUAAGCUAAGGCAAAAUCAGAUCACAGCUAAAUUUAUCCACUUGAAAGAAACAUUUUCUAGAGGGAGAGGAUUACAAGCUGGUGUAGACGAUUGGCAAAAUGAAGAUGUUAUAUUAUUCUUUUGUGAUGUUGAUGUAAUUUUUAAUGCUGAGUUCUUACAACGCUGCAGACUUAAUGUUGAAAAGGGAAAACGUGUUUAUUAUCCCAUGGUAUUCUCGCUCUAUAAUCCUAAAGUAGUAUACACUAUGCACGGUUAUCAUAUCCCUAAGGAAGAUAAACAGUUGGUUAUUUCUAAAGAUACUGGUUUUUGGAGGGAUUUUGGAUAUGGAAUGACGUGUCAGUAUAAAUCAGAUUUCGAGAGUAUUAGGGGAUUUGACCAAAAAGUAUCCGGUUGGGGAAAAGAAGACGUAUUGUUAUUUAAAAAGUACGUUAAGUCUUCCUAUGUUGUUUUGAGAUCUCCUGAUCAGGGAAUUUUUCACCUUUGGCAUCCAAAAGAAUGCGACGGAAAUCUUCCAAUUGACCAAUAUAGAUCAUGCCUAAGUUCACGAGCUUUGAACGAAGCUUCGCACAGGCAACUAGGCAUGUUAGCCUUCAAGGACGAGAUCAAAGUUCGUGAAAAAUUGAAAGAGAAUUCGAAGAGCUAA